UGCCGGUUAUAUUUUCCCCCAAUUCUUGUUUGUCGGCAUAUUCACUCUCCAUUUCCACUCUCUAAUGGCCGCUUAUCUCUCCCCUCUCUUCUUCUUCUUUCUUUUGAUUGUUCAUCGAUUGACAGUUUCGGCCGAUUCGCCAUUGAAGAAGACCUUCAUCUUCCGUGUGGAUCGUUUCUCUAAGCCCUCUGUUUUUCCCACCCAUUACCACUGGUACACUUCUGAGUUUGCAGAAUCCCACAAAAUCCUCCAUGUUUACGACACCGUUUUCCAUGGAUUCUCUGCAACUCUCACUCAACAACAAGUUGAUUCCAUCGGGAAACACCCUUCUGUGCUCGCCGUUUUUGAGGAUCGUCGCCGGCAGCUUCACACCACCCGUUCCCCUCAGUUUCUUGGCCUUCGAAACCAGCGUGGUCUCUGGUCGGAUUCUGAUUAUGGGUCGGAUGUAAUCAUUGGGGUUUUCGACACUGGGAUUUCCCCCGAACGGCGAAGCUUCUCCGAUGUGAAUUUGGGGCCGAUUCCUCGCCGGUGGAAGGGGGUUUGUGAGACGGGAACUAAGUUCACGGCUAGAAACUGUAAUAGGAAGAUCGUCGGUGCGAGGUUUUUCUCUAAGGGUCAUGAAGCUGGGUCCAACGCUGCCGGUCCGAUUAUUGGGAUUAACGACACGAUUGAGUUUAGAUCUCCGAGAGAUGCCGACGGCCAUGGGACUCAUACGGCCUCCACGGCGGCUGGGCGCCAUGCGUUUCAGGCGAGUUUGGAGGGUUUUGCUUCUGGGAUAGCGAAGGGUGUGGCUCCUAAAGCGCGUUUGGCGGUUUAUAAAGUUUGUUGGAAAAAUUCUGGUUGUUUUGAUUCUGACAUUCUUGCGGCAUUUGAUGCGGCGGUUAACGACGGCGUGGAUGUCAUUUCGAUCUCGAUUGGAGGCGGCGAUGGGGUUUCCUCGCCGUAUUAUCUCGACCCAAUUGCAAUCGGAGCGUACGGCGCCGCUUCCAGGGGUAUCUUCGUUUCGUCUUCGGGUGGGAAUGAUGGACCUAAUGGAAUGUCAGUGACGAACUUGGCGCCGUGGGUUACGACCGUUGGAGCCGGUACGAUUGACCGUAAUUUCCCGGCGGUGGUGACUCUAGGUAACGGACGGAGGAUUUCCGGCGUGUCACUCUACGCCGGAGCGCCUUUGAACGCUACAAUGUUUCCAUUGGUUUACCCUGGGAAAUCAGGGGUGCUCUCUGUUUCGCUCUGUAUGGAUAACUCUCUCGAUCCUAAGGUUGUUGCCGGAAAAAUUGUGAUCUGCGACAGGGGAAGUAGUCCCAGAGUGGCUAAGGGUUUGGUCGUUAAGAAAGCCGGCGGCGUCGGAAUGAUUCUGGCGAAUGGAAUCUCAAACGGCGAAGGACUCGUCGGGGACGCCCAUCUUCUUCCCGCUUGCGCAGUCGGCUCCGACGAAGGAGAUUCCAUGAAAGCCUACGCAUCGUCCUCUGCAAAUCCCACCGCCACCAUCGCCUUCCAGGGCACUAUAAUCGGAAUCAAACCGGCGCCGGUGGUGGCUUCCUUCUCAGCAAGAGGGCCAAAUGGAUUAAACCCUGAAAUUCUAAAACCAGACUUAAUCGCACCAGGGGUUAACAUUCUCGCCGCCUGGACCGACGCCGUCGGUCCAACCGGUUUGGACUUCGAUACAAGAAAAACAGAGUUCAACAUCUUGUCUGGUACAUCAAUGGCGUGUCCUCAUGUAAGUGGCGCCGCUGCUCUGUUGAAGUCAGCUCACCCAGAUUGGAGUCCAGCGGCGUUAAGAUCCGCCAUGAUGACCACCGCAAGUACCACCGACAACCGACGACAGCCGAUGACGGAAGAAUCCACCGGAAAAGCUUCAACUCCGUACGAUUUCGGUGCUGGGCAUGUAAAUUUGGGUCUAGCAAUGGACCCGGGUUUAGUCUACGACAUUACAAACACGGAUUAUGUCAAUUUCUUGUGCUCAAUCGGAUACGGACCGAAGAUGAUUCAAGUGAUAACAAGAACGCCGGUAACCUGUCCGGCGAAAAAACCAUUGCCGGAAAAUCUCAAUUACCCAUCAAUCGUUGCAGUAUUCUCCAGUCUAUCAAAAGGGUGGUCGACAAAGUCGUUUAUCCGAACAGUGACGAACGUGGGUCCGGCAAAUUCAGUGUACCGUGCCAAAAUCGAAGCUCCAAAAGGGGUAACGGUGAAAGUAAAGCCUUCAAAGCUCGUGUUCUCAGCGGCGAUGAAGAAACAGAGCUUCGUUGUAGCAGUGUCAGCCGACAACCAGAAUCUAGCACUGGGCGACGUGGGCGCUGUUUUUGGUUGGGUUUCUUGGUCGGAUGGAAAGCAUGUGGUCCGAAGCCCACUCGUAGUAACCCAAUUAGAGCCGUUGUAAAGCUUUGGAAUUCGAUCAUCCAUCUCCUAAUGAUCGAUGGCUACACCAUCUAAGAUUGCUAUUUUCUUCCUUUUUUACAGCUUUUUUUUGGCUCUUUCAAGCUUAUAAUCCUAUGUUGUUGUGUGAGAUAUGUUUUAUAUGAUGAUCAAUGGCUUUGGCUUCGAACUC